ACAAGUAGUUAGUGAGUCGCUCGCCACAGUAGACGUUCAGAGCAGGAGCUCGUAGCUAGUGUGAAAGCUAUCGGAUUAUUUCUGAAUUGUAGUUCUCGUGAUAAUUAAAUCCGUUUGUGCAACUUGUGUUUUUUUUCAGUUUAAACCAAUUCGAGUUUAGCAAAGUUCCGCGUUUCGUGCUGCCCUCAUGUUUACACCUUUUCAUCGCAAUUGAAAUUGAUUUUCGUUUUGUAUGGAAGUGUGAAUAUCGAAAUUAACUCUGUGUUUUUACUAAUAUGAAAAAUUUUGCUAAAUGGAUUUAUGAGCACUUUCUACAGUUCAAUUUGUAUUUAACCGAUACUCUGAAGAAAAAAAAGUUUUUCGUGCCCUAGCGGUUCUCGCGCAUCGUUUUAUUUUCAAAUUGUGAAAUUUUGUUCCGUUUUCCUAAUUGGAAUAUUUUAUCAUGGCGAUUCCGUUUAAUUUACCCUCGGACGAGGAGACCGAAGAUCACUACAAGAGGCUGGAUCAACUCUUGAAGGAUCUGUACGACGUGCUUCGUCAAAUUUUAUUUCGACCUCGACCAAUUCACGACGACGACUUGACCGGUUUCGAAGCGCGGCUGUUGGCACUGCCAGACCUGGUGCAGAGCGCGAUGAUGUCCAACUACCCUCCUGCGGCCACAGCGACGGCUCACUCCCCCUGGUCGGCGAUCGGAGCCCGCGACGACGCCGCCGACGAAACAACGAAUGGAUCUCGACACUGCCGGCACCGCCACUGCCACACGCCAAAGCGGGUUGAUCUCACGGUGGCCACGGUGGCGAGGGUGGACGCGGGAGGGGGUGGCCACCUCCACCUCCGUCCACCCGCACCCCCGCCGAGGCCACCCCCGGGGUCGCAGUCGGGGCCGGAACCACUGCCCCGACGACUCGGACCCGGAUCGGCGACGACCAAGUUCCCGAGCAAAGACGCCGACUCGCCCUCGUCCGGACCAGCCCCCGGAAAACCGCACACCCGCCAUAAAAGGUGGACCCAGGUCGGAGAGGAGCUCCGGGGCAUUGCGGAGGAUUUUCGCUCCAACCUGAGCGUGAGAUCCUCGCGACAUUUGCCGAUGGAGCUGAAGGCGUCACAUCUUUUCUCUCUUCUCAUUCCUGCCACCAUGGGACCAGUUUGGACCACCGUCAUUUUGUUGAUCUUCCCCGUCAUAAUUUUGAGCUCAAAAAAUAAUAGAUAAGAUGGAGUGCAAGUGUGACUUUUCGUAAUGCAUUUAUUUUCAAACUAUAAUUUCAAAGAGGAAAUGACUGGAAAUCAAAAAUUAAUGAGUUAACAAAUUGAUAGUAAUUGUAUGACCUUUUGUUUUUGUUGCAAGGUUAUUGCUUGUAAUUAUUUUUAUUUUACCGUAAAUAUUUUAAGUGUGUCUUUAUUGAUAAUGUUGAGUUCUCUGUAAAUUAUUUUCUGUUCUGUAUACAUAAAUGUGUAUAAAUUUUUAUUUUAUUUUAUCUUAUUUAAAGAUGUAAAUUAUAAAUGCUUAUGUUGACCUCUUCUGAUGUGUAAAUAAGAGCAAGGAUUUGAACGAUAAACCACACCUUUAGUAAACUCACUUUUGACUGCUUUCAAAAAUUAAACGUGAACCACUUUAAACUUCUGAAUGUUUCCAGUAGUCUCUAUCAGCAGUUUCUAUGUGUUGGAAAAAAUUUAGAAAACCAAAUCAAAUAUUCUUUAAAAACAAAAAAUUAAAAAGAUAACUUAGAGAAUUUCAAAUAUAUCAGUCCAUUUUUCCUUUAAAUCAAGCAAAAUAUUUCCAGCAAAUUUCAAGGAAGAUUUUUUAACUUCCACACAUCCAAUUGAUAUUAGCUUUCUCUCAAUUUGAGGCGAUAUACCUUCUACUGCCAAAAUGAGAGGUUUUCAUGCAGUCUAUCGUUCAAAUCUCAACUCUACUUACUCUUUAAUUUCUUCUUAAACUUUCCUUUUUGUAACAUUACAUUUUUCUCUUCAAAUCUCCUGCUUUGUGGGAAAUAUACUGGCUCCAUCAUGAUCUCUUACGUAUUUAAAAUCUUGGUGCUGGACGAGCAAACUGUCGCAUCAUGGUUCCUGUAAAUAGUAAUUUUUAAGUUCAAAUCCCUAUAUUUUUCCUUCUUUUCCUUUCUGGCUUCAGCUUAUUUCUUUUGCUUCAGAAUUCUAGGGGUUCUCAAACUAUUUUCUUCCUCUGAAAAAAUGUUCAUUUAGACUUACAUAUUAAAGUUUUUAAAACUUCCUCAGGUUCCUAUCGCUGAAAAUGUCGGAUGGACUCACGAAUUUCAAGCUGAAAAUUAUGAUAGUCGACAACCCACUUAUAUCAAUAGUAUCCCAACAAAAAAAUGAAAAAUAAAAAACCUGAGUAACACACAGAGAUGGUAAAACUACCAAACCACGUUUCUCGGUUUGCAACGUUGCAGACUUCCUGUCUUACUUUUUUUAAAGGGAGCACCACUUAAUGCGAAUUCUCAAGAACUUCCGUGAAUCUCCUCCCUGUACGAAGAAGAUUCUGAAAAAAACUUCAAGGAACGAGAUACGUGGUUUGAGAGUUUUAUAUCAAUAGAGAAAAGGAAACAUUAUGAAAUCCCUCAGUUUAUUAAUAGCCUCCUUCGCAAAACGAUAUUCACUUCUAAACUCUCUCUCGGAGAUUUACCUUUAAAAUAUAAAUAUUGUUUAUAACUUUCCCUUUUAUUUCUCUCUUUAUUUUUGUAAGAACUUGUUGCAUUUUUAUUCUAAUUUUACAUACUGUUAUGCGUGUCUCAAUAAAUUUGUAGGCAUAAUUAUUUCAUAGCAAAUGUGUAAAUAUUUGAAUUUGUGUUUUUAUCUAUUAGGAAGCUCAAAGUGUGUGUGCAUUUUCUGUAUUUUUUCUUCUUUUUUUUCUUAAAAUCUAAAAGUUGUUUUACUAUAGUGAAAUUCUUGUCUGAUUGUAAAUUCUGUAGGGUUUUACACGUAUCUUUGUAAUUUUUGCAGUUGAACAAUAUUGUAUAAUGUCUAGGGAAUCAAGAUCUUUUUAGAUCGGAAUGUUGUUUUCCGCACUAAUACUUGAAUUUUUCCAUUUCAAUGUCUUCAUCAUACAUUUUAUAUAUUUCAUGGAUUUUUGUAAAUAGGCGGAUGUAUUUCGAACUUGCUGAGUGUCAAUUGUUGUUUUAACUGUACAAAAAUUCAUUGACGUCGUUAAUAGAGUAACAGUUGCUUCACAAAAAAAGGUCCAAAAUUGCCUUAGAUUAUUCAUGUAGGCCCCUUACUUAUUUUUUAAAAACAAGUGAUGAUAGGAUAUUCUAAACAAAUUUGAAGAAGUGCCUUAAUUUAGGUCAGUACAUUUUGGAUUCAGCUAUCUCUACUCACCACCAUCCACCCAACCAGGCAAGAUUCCUUCAUCGAAGCACUUCUGUGAUGUUACCAAAAUUUAGGUAAAAUCAAUCUUUUUGUAAUUGAUCUCAUGGUUAUUGUAAAUUAAUUUUUGUUUUCCAGAAAUUACUUAAUCAAAUUAUAUAUUUUGUAUCUAAAAAUGUGACAUAGCUUGAUUCAUAUUUGAAAGCACUGAGAAGGAUAA